AUGUUCGCCUUGAUCACUAUGACGUGCGUGACGCACGUUGCGUCCCAAUGGGUGGACGCCAGCGGCCUUUUCACAGGAAGUGGAUGGUUUGAAGCAAGUGCAGUGUCAUAUGGUGGCUGGAAAAUUGUGGUCGCAAGACACAACGAGAAACCGUGGAUCAGCUUGGAUGGUGGGUCGUCUUUUGCUGCUGCAAGCACUGCGGAGGCGGUGUCAUGGAACAGCUUCAGCAUGUCAUUGGAUGGCACGACGAUUGUCGGAGGAGCCGGUGGGAGCUACAUCCAUAUCAGCCGUGACGGUGGAUCAAGCUGGAGCGUGGUUGACCCCGCCGGGGGGCCUAUGGGCUGGAACAGUGUCAGCUGCUCGGAAGAUUGUUCGGUGAUUGCUGCAACCGCAGGCGGUGGCAACAUCUGGACGAGCGCUGACGCCGGGACAACUUGGACCGAAGACUCAAGUGCUGGCUCCAAGGACUGGCAAUCCAUCGCCGUCUCUGGAGACGCUUCGACGAUUGUGGCCGUUGCGUUGAAUGCCAACAUAUGGAUCAGCACCGACAGUGGUGCGACCUUCUUGGAGCAAGCCGUCGGUGCAACAAAGGAUUGGACCGAUGUGGCCGUAUCAGCAGACGGAAGCAAGAUGAUCGCAUCCGUUCGCAACGGCGGCAAGCUUUGGAGGAGCACCGACAGUGGCAGUAGCUGGUCCCAGUUGUCUGUCGGCGCAUCCGACCUCACGUCUUUUAUAAAGGUGGACAUGUCAAAUUAUGGAAGCGUGAUGGUUGCCAUGCGUGUGCCUCCUGACAACAGUUAUCUGUUGGCGGUCUGGAAGAGCACUGAUGGCGGCGACACCUGGUCGGAGGAAACGGGUUUCUCGCAAUUUGCUUUCUCGCACGAUAUGGAUCGGAUUUCCAUGGCAGGUGAUGGCUCCAAGAUUGCUACGUUGGGGGGAGGCGGUAAGGUGGCGAUUUGGACCGGGCCUGCAGCCGAAACCUCCACAACACUUACAUCGUCGACAACCUUGUCGUCAACAACUUCCUCAUCAACAGUUUCCUCAUCGUCAUCAGCAACGUCGUCAUCAACAACGGCGUCAUCAACAACGUCGUCAUCAACGACGUCGUCAUCAACGACGUUCUCAACGACCAGCUCUACGGAAACGACUACAGCUACCACAGCCACCGCCACAAGCUCGUCGACAGUCACAGAGACCACGUGGACAGGUACAGAGACUACGCAGACGGUCACAGAGACGGUGACCGGAACGACCAGCGCCACGAUGACCACGGUCCCCGUGCUGGACGCAGCUAACAACGGCAUGGGUCUGAGCACAAACUGCAUGGUGGCAUCCUUUGCGCUGUUGGUGCUGCUCGGGUAA